AUGUCUGGACUCAUCGAAAAGGUCAAGGAUAAGCUUCACAGCCACUCCGACAACAAGACUGAGCAGCCCGAGGGCACUCACGGAACUCACAGCUCCCGCACUGCCAAUGCUGCCGACCCUCGCAUUGACUCCGAUCGCGACCACCGCGCGGCCGUGGGCACCCAUGAUGGCUCUUACACCACUGGUGGUGACAACUACUCCUAUGGCGAGUCCAACACCAAGGGCAGGAACACUGCCGGCGACACACUCACAUCUUCUGGCACAACUGGCCCUGCUCCCACAACCGCAGGCGCGCACAAGUCCGAUAUGCUGAACAAGGCGGACCCCAGAAUCGACUCAGAUCUCGAUGGCAGCAAGAACAUGGGCCUUCGUUCCGAGAAGGCUACCCACGCUGGCACUACCCAGACUGGAACCACCGGCACUUCUCACGGAACUGAUACCACCAGCUCUACCUACGGAACCGGAACUACCACCACUGGCUCCAGCACUGGAACCAGCGGCACCGGAACCGCGUUUGGUUCGACUGGUCCUGCUUCCAAGACUGCCGGCGCACACAAGUCUGACACCCUGAACAAGGCCGACCCCAGAAUCGACUCUGAUCUCGAUGGCAGCCGUAACAUGGGCCUCCGCUCUGAAAAGCAGACUCGUGAUACUGGACUUACCAGCGGUCAUGGAACUGGAACUACCACUACCAGCACUGGAAACACAUUCAGCUCGACUGAGCCUGGCUCCAAGUCUGCUGGCGCACACAAGUCAGUCGGCUCUGAUUUCGGUGGCAGCCGCAACAUUGGCCUCGGCUCUGAGCAGGUUACCCACGACAUCGGAACCACCAGAACUGCUGGUACUUCGGGAGCUACCUCCGGCAGUGGAUUCGGUACCGGUAUGGGCACUGACACUCUCGGAGGCGGCAGCGGCAUCAACACCUCCGGCCGAUCUGACAACUACACAUCUGGCACAUCUGGCCUAGACACCCGUAGCUCAGGCCUCGGCUCAGGCACCGGCACCGGCACCGGUGGCUACUCCGGCUUGGACACAUCUUCCGGCUUGGACUCGACUUCGGGAUUCAGUUCCGGUGAGCGUCACUUGGGUGGUGAGCGCCACUUGGGCCAACAGACUGGCACCCUCGGCAGCGACACCACUACCAGCGCAUACGGCGGCCUGGGCAAUACCGGCGGUGCCUUUGGAUCUGAUCGCCAGACUACCGGCCCAGCUUCCAACACUGCUGGCCCCCACAAGUCCGACGUGAUGAACAAGGCCGAUCCCCGUGUGGACAGCGACCUCGACAACAGCAAGACCUUUGGUGGUGACAAGACUUAUCAGUCUUAA